AUGGUUGUUGCUUGUUUGGUGGCUCCAUUUGGCUGGAUUCUCAUGCAACAGCCCAUAGAGAAUGUUGAAUUUAUCAUCCGCACAGGCAAGGCAUUGCGAAUUAGAUGCUCCCAGUUUAAGUGCAUCUUCUUGGACUUUGCCCAGCAGAUGAACAAACUCAGCCUUGUUGGUUUCCGGGUCCUGUGCUUUCUUGCGGCCAAGACGGUUGAUAGCCGUGUAAAAAGCAACCAAGUCUUCACUGGGAUGGAGUUUGCUGCAGAGGUUGCCACCCCGAUUUUCGUUGCUGCAGCCAUCAGUGAAGCCGACGGUCUCAAGAGUAGUAUUGUGCUUGCAGAGAAGGUUGACUAG